UUUUUCUUCAGCUAUUCCAAGUUUGCAGGACUUGGAGUAUUGAAUGAACUGGGAAAUAGGGUCCUAAAAUCCUUUGUUCUGGAGAAACAGACUGGACGCCUUUGGAGGCUUGGGACUCGGCCAUCCUGCCGCCAUGGGUACCCGAGCUGCGCGGUCAUGUCCCCGUAUCUGUCCGAUCUCGUCGUGUUGGAUCGCUUACACCUGAGACGGACUACAGAGCAGCACGUGCCAGAAGUGGAAGUCCAAGUUAAACGUAGGAGGACUGCUUCAUUGAGCAAUCAAGAGUGUCAGUUGUACCCAAGACGUUCUCAACAGCAGCAAGUACCUGUGGUGGAUUUCCAGGCGGAACUAAGACAGGCAUUCUUAGCCGAGACACCAAGAGGUGGUUAAAGCAGUAUUGGAAUAUCAAGCAGACAAUGCAAUAAAGAUUAUCCAUAAAUUUUUAA